GCCAAUUCGUGGGAAGAAGGAGCGUGGACGAACGGGACGAAGCAUGGACGGCCUUGGAUUCUCCAACAGCGAGUUCGCCCAGAUGCUCAGCGUUCCCGUGGAGGUUGCGCACGAAGAAGUGCUCGAUGAUGUGAAGCCAUUGAACGCGUCGACAUCCGAAGCACCUCCUGUAGUUGCGGACCGCAGCGUGAAACCAGUGCUACCAGUUCCUGACAUUAAGAAAAUGGGAGCAUGGCAGAAGCACACCAAGGGCUUUGGGAUGAAGAUGCUGGAAAAGAUGGGGUUCAAAGGUCGAUUGGGAAAAGAUGAGCAGGGUGUGGCAGCACCUGUCGCCGUGAAAGCGCGACCGAAUCAGCGGGGUCUCGGAUAUGGUGGCUUCCAGGAAGCCGCGACCCUCAAGCAAAACAAAGAAAUCGAGCGUGACUUGCACGGGAAACGUGACGACGACGUAGACGACGAUUCCACGGACCCGUCCCCAGACGAUGGAGCAUGGCGAAAGCGAAUCCCCGGCGCAACUACAACGACGACAUCAAGGAAACGAAAACACAAGACUGUCGAAGAUGUGCUGGAAGAGGAGAAAACUGCCAUCGAUCUCGUCGUUGACAUGCGCGGCCCCUUGACGCAAGUAUACACAGAUGGCAUGGGGUCGUUGCCGUCCGCCGCCGUGCAACCAUUAGUGCCGCUGUUGGGCCAGGAGAUAUUGCACAACGUGCGGCAUAUCGUGAACGAGACGGAGGGAUCGAUCCGGGCGCUUCAUGCCAAAAUAUCGGUGGAUCGCGCGAGGUUGCAAGCGCUUCGUGACGCGCAGGCCGUGGAUGCGGGUAAACUUCGUGUCAACCAAGUCGCCACGGACAAUCUCGCGGCGGUCGUGGCUGGGUUGCAGCAGCUGCAAUCGACGUUGCCAGAGGUCACCGCCAUCGGGGCUAUCGAGGCCAUUGUGAACAUGACCGUCACACUCCGGACAAAGUACCCAGCGGAAUUCGAGACGCACAACGUGAUCGACGUCGUGCCGUCGCUCGGGCUGCCGCUACUCAAGGCGAUGGCGGCAUCGUGGCAUCCUCUCAAAGUCGAUGACAAUGCGAUGGACCUGCGCGGCGUCUUUCGCAUGGUGCACGAGUGUCUCGUUACGUGCGUCGCCCCGCUCAACACCAACGAAGUGAGCGUGUUUGCGACAAACGUCGGGUCGGCCACUCGCCACGACAAGAUUUACGACUACCUCGUGACGCAGGUUCUGUUUCCGCGACUGGUGUCGGCGCUGCAUCGAUGGGACGUUGCGUCGCCGUGCUUGGACUUGAUUGAGUUCUUGCAAACGUUUGUUGCAUCGUCGCAUGUCCAAUUGGUUUUGACCAGCCACGUCCUGCCGAGGCUUCAGCACGCCGUGCGCGAAUGCCACAGCGUCGUCGACGUCGAACGCAUCCACGACUGGCUGCUACCAUGGCGCGUUCACUUUGAAGCGAAUUUUGCAGACGACGUCUACCCCGUUAUUCGAGAAACACUUGCCCGGACACUGAUCAACUGGCACCCGAACGACACGUCCAUAUUUGGUGUCCUGCUUCCGUGGCGAGAUGUGUGGACGCCAGAGGACUUUGCAGUCUUCACCCACAAACACAUUGUGAAGAAGCUCGUGCGUGUGUUAAAUCGCGAGUUCCAUAUUAACCCAAAGGCGCAGCAACUCGAGCCGCUCGAGUGGGUGCUGGCGUGGCACCGCGUGUUGCCAGAUCGGCAGUUUGUCGCGUUACUCGAAGCGGAAUUUUUCACAAAGUGGCUCAACGUGUUGGCCGAAUGGGUGAUGCAGAACCCGCCGACCGCCGCACGGGAAAUCCUGAUCUGGUACAGGGGAUGGAAGGCGCUGUUUGAUGAGUACGACUUGCUCGUAGAAGAGCGUGUGUGCAUGCAAUUUCACGGCGCGUUGCAAGUGAUGCAAUGUAUCCAGCAAACCGCGACGUUGCCUGGCCUCAAACUCCUCCCGUCCACGUACGAGGAAGCCCUCCUUCGUGGGAAGAAGCGCGCGGCGCCCGUCCAUCCCAAGCACGACCUCCACGGCACAGUCAACAUGCGCGACGUUGUCGAAGAGUUUGCGAUGCAGCACAACAUCGAGUUUGCACCAAAACGACACAAGAACCAAGACGGGCAGCAAGUGUACACGUUUGGCAAGCAGAGCAUCGUGAUCGACCACAGCCUCCUGUUUGUUGAAACCGAGAAAGGCAAGUUUGACGCGAUCGACAUUGACGACUUGAUUAAAAAGGCAUAACGCGACCAUCUUGAUCGAGGGCUGGAUCACGUUGUCAGCGGAGGCACCCGCGAGUCGGACAACUUUUGAAGCAAUGCGAUGGCUUGAACGAGUAAUUGUUUGGAUGUGGCGAUCGAGUCGGUUCGCUUGUGGGCUGCCAGGAGCAUCCUAGGCACACCACCAAGUCAGAUGAUUCGACCUCGAUGUCGUAGCAUAUUCAAGUUGCAUGUUGCGUCAACAUGGCUUUCAUGCUGCGA